GAUUUGAAUACAAUCACCAUCACCGUUCCCCGAGCGAAGAGAGAGAGAGAGAGAGAGAGAGAGAGAGAGAGACAGAGGUAAUGGAGAAAAUGACAGGAGCAGGAGGCGGAGGAGGGGCAACAGUAGUGUUGUCGGCGAAGGAGGCGUUCGAGAAACUGGAGAAGGUUGGAGAAGGGACGUACGGGAAGGUGUACAGAGCGAGGGACAAGGCCACCGGCAAGAUCGUGGCCCUCAAGAAGACUCGUCUCCACGAGGACGAAGAGGGCGUCCCUCCCACCACUCUCCGCGAGGUCUCCAUCCUACGCAUGCUCUCCCGCGAUCCCCAUGUUGUCAGGUUAAUGGAUGUCAAACAAGGUCAGAACAAGGAAGGCAAGACCGUGCUCUACCUGGUAUUCGAGUACAUGGACACCGAUCUCAAGAAAUUCAUUCGCUCUUUCCGUCAGACUGGUCAAUUCAUCCCACCCAAAACCGUCAAAAGCUUGAUGUACCAACUCUGUAAGGGCGUUGCUUUCUGCCACGGACAUGGAAUCUUGCACAGGGACUUGAAGCCUCACAAUCUCUUGAUGGACCGAACAACAAUGAUGCUCAAAAUAGCUGAUCUUGGACUCGCUCGAGCUUUUACUGUGCCAAUUAAGAAAUACACCCACGAGAUACUAACCUUGUGGUAUAGAGCUCCCGAAGUCCUUCUGGGUGCUACCCAUUACUCAAUGGCGGUGGAUAUGUGGUCCGUUGGCUGCAUAUUUGCUGAACUUGUCGCUAAGCAAGCCCUUUUCCCUGGUGAUUCGGAACUGCAACAACUCCUCCACAUAUUCAGGCUAUUGGGUACCCCUAAUGAAGAGGUGUGGCCAGGCGUUAGUAAACUAAUGAACUGGCAUGAGUACCCUCAGUGGACCCCUCAAGAGCUGUACAUGGCUGUUCCAACCUUGGAUGAUCAAGGAGUCGAUCUACUAUCUCAAAUGCUGCAAUACGAGCCUUCCAAGCGGAUUUCUGCAAAGAAAGCUAUGGAACACCCUUACUUCCAGGACCUGGAUAAGACCAAUCUCUAGGAAAUAACGUCAUCGACUCUUUUGGAUGUAGCGAGUACUUUGCUUCCCUCGAGCGCAUGAUAAAAAACAGUUUCGGGUGCUUUUGCUCUGUUGUUAUAUUCGAUGAACAAACGCAACUCUUUGGAUGUGAGAAUUCAUCGUUACCGAUUUGCUUUGCUUCCCUCGAGCGCAUAUAAUAUUCUGUUUUAGGAUGAUUUGCUUUUUUGCCUUUUUUUUUCAAAUUCGAGAAUUAUGAAUGUUUGUAAUUUUUAUUUUUCAAGGAUUAAAUUCGGACAUACUUUAUGAUUA